CAAUCGCGCCGAGGUUUGUCUCAAAAGCCUCCUUUGCAAACCCACCUCAGUUAGAACAGAACCAGCUUCGAAAUGGGGCAACUGUCACAUGAGGUGCCUGCAGAAACUUUGCGCAGAUCUCACAUGGGACUUCAGCUUCUCUAUCUUGGCGCCUUAAUUGGCAACCUUCAGGCUUCAUCAAAGUUGGUGCAUAAGGUGCAUAGUAAGACGUUUAAUAGGGUAGCCCAUAAAGUCCCACGGAAGAGCAGACGCAUCUGUUGUGCGUCGUCGACAGGAGCUCUUUGGAUGCAAAGCAUCUAGCUGAUUGCUGAAAGAAUGGACAGUAAAUACGCAGUCUGGGGGCAUCGAUUAUAAUUAGCAGGAGAGGAUUGGAAGAGGAUUAAACGAAUGCUCAUUGCGAAAGCAGUAUUCACACGGAACCACCUCGACGAGUAAGUAGUUACACAGGGCAGGGCAAUACAAGAACGAAGAGUCGGCACAAUGGUCGUCUGCAAAUGUCGGAAGGCGACCAAGCUCUACUGCUUUGUACAUAAGGUGCCAGUGUGUGGAGAGUGCAUCAGUGCUCCUGAGCACGCGCACUGUGUGGUCCGCACAUACUCCGAAUGGGUGAUUGACGGUGAUUAUGACUGGCCGCCAAAGUGUCCAGUCUGUCAGGAGAACUUGGAGGAGUCCCAGAAAGAGACGGUCCGCCUGGGGUGCCUGCACGUGUUGCACGUGGACUGCCUUGAAAAGCACCUUCAAAGCUUCCCGCCCUACACAGCCCCAGCCGGUUUUGUCUGCCCAACCUGUAGCGUCCCUCUAUGGCCCCCUAAGUCCAUCAAGGAUGCGGGGACCACCCUCUUCAACAAUCUGAAGGGGGCUCUAGCCAAGAGCUCUGUUGCGAAUACUCUGCUGGGCCUCGACAACCCCAUUCCCGCAACGUCAGAGACACAGAGUGCAGUACCCUCAGUCUCCAGCCCCUUGACUCAGGCGUCGCAGUCCAACCCCCCGCCCAAGAAUGCACCAAACGGCGCAGCGCACAGCGAGAUAGAAGAACAGGAGGCCAGCAGCAGCGUGGUGGCCAGCAGUCGGAUAGAGGCGAUCAAAGAGGCGGCCGCCGAGGCGGAGGCGGCCGCAGGGCCCCCGCAGGCGCGCACGCCGUAUCUGCCGGGGGGGCACCCGCAGUCUUCUCCCAGGGCGCAUCAGAAGAUCGAUAUGCUGUCCCGGGAGCGGCGGAAUUCGAUGAAGGUGCAUUCCUCGGUGGACGUUCCAGAAGACUAUGACGAGGACGUCGAGCGCAAGUAUGCAAGACGAGGUCCGUGGUAUCUGCGGACGCUCCAGCGCGUGCUCCCUUCUAGUUGGACGUCCGCCCAGGUCCUUCCGGUGACCAUGCCCGGCAAGGACCACCCGAGGGGCGACUCUGCGGCUGCGGACGACCUGAUCUCCGGCCAGCGGAGAAGGGCGCUCAAGAAGGGGCUCAAGAGCUUCAAACUGGACAUGCGCCGGGGCCUGGUUACAUUUGCCGUCCUGUCGUCUCUGGCAACGCUGCUUAUCUUGUACAUGCGUCUGGCUGCCUCUAUAGUAACUGAAGGAGACACAGUGAUUGGAUAAAAUGUGGUCCAAGCGGUGUGUAUACAGACGUCACCAUGUAGGAUGGAAGAUGCUACAGCUACUAGCCGCUAAGGGACUCUGUUUAUCUCGAAUACUACGGCUGUGGACAACUAUAGGAAAGAAGUUUCAAACCGUCCUUCUCUUUCCGGUGACUAUCGGGAGACUCGAAACAGUGAAUACCCACCAGCUAUGGUGUUGCUAGUAUCACAAUCACGUACAUGCUCAUGUGCAGAGUAUUCUGAUCGGUCACCUGAACACCAUUAUGAUAGUCCUCCGGC